GAAAUUUUCUUCUCCGUGCGGUCACCCCACUUCACACCUUCCAAUCCCUAACCCAGCCAUGGGAAGACCGGCACCAAUCUAGGGUUCCCCCAUCUCAAUCCAAGGAGAGAAGACUUGUGAAUAAACUAUCAAAAUCCCAUCUUGGUUUUUCUUCUUUUCCAUUUGCUUUGGUCUCUGUAAUGGUUUUUGGUUGAGAUCUAUCGGAUGAACUGGGUUUUGGUGGUUUCAGAUGUUGCUGUUGCCAAGUCUUUGGGCUAUUUAGGGUGUUUUAGGACUUGGUGUUGACAUGGAGAAGGUGGAAGAAGCUAACCGAGCUGCUGUGGAGAGCUGCGACAGAGUCCUGAGCCUGCUCUCCCAGUCCCAAGAUCAAGUUCAGUAUACGAAUCUGGUGGCAGAGGCUGGGGAGGCUGUUUCUAGGUUCAAGAGAGUGGCUUCAAUGCUCAGUAAUGGUGUGGGUCAUGCCAGGGUGAGGAUUGUGAAGAGAAUCCAGUCCCCCUUCAAUCAUAAGGCCUUCCUAGAUCACUCUGUGGUAUCUAAGAUAGACCUUUCUCCCAAGCCUCUCCAACUCCUGCCUAAAAGUCUAUUAGAUACCUCAGCAUCAGAGUUGGAUUCCAGUGCCAAAAAUCCGGAGCAGCUCACCCAUAAGAUCUUUCUGGAGAAUCCAAGGCUGGAUUUGGAUUCAUCUUCUUCUAGGAGCACUCUCCAGCUUGCCCCACAGGAUCCUUCAACAGCAUCUCACUUUCAGUUCCUCCAACAGCAGCAGAACAACCAAAGGUUUCAGCUCCAGCAGCAGAUUAAGUUCCAGGCUGACAUGUAUAGGAGGAGCAGUAGUGGCAUAAACCUCAAGUUUGACAGCUCAAGCUGCACACCGACCAUGUCGUCGACGAGGUCCUUCUUGUCGUCGCUGAGCAUGGAUGGGAGUGUGGCCAGCUUGGAUGGAAAGGCAUUCCAUCUGAUUGGUGGACCAGCGGCAUCCGAUCCGGUGAACGCACCACCUUCGAAGAGGAGGUGCUCCGGCAGAGGGGAGGAUGGGAGUGGAAAAUGUGCAACCACCGGCAGGUGCCACUGCUCAAAGAGGAGGAAACUGAGAGUCAAGAGAUCCAUUAAGGUUCCUGCAAUCAGUAACAAACUUGCUGACAUCCCACCUGAUGAGUAUUCAUGGAGGAAGUAUGGGCAGAAACCAAUCAAGGGUUCUCCUCAUCCUAGGGGAUACUAUAAAUGCAGCAGCAUGAGGGGCUGCCCUGCAAGGAAGCAUGUUGAGAGGUGCCUGGAAGACCCCUCAAUGCUCAUUGUUACAUAUGAAGGCGAGCACAACCAUACCAGGUUGCUAACCCACUCUGCCCACACCUAGAGGCAUUAGAGCUCUCCACCAGCAACCAGCACAGCUGCUGCUCCAUUUGCAUCCCAGCCUUAUUGAGUGGUGACUGAAUCACACCUAUGUAUGUUAACUUUCUGUUUUUUAAAAAUCAAAGCAGUGGAGCAGUUGCUGAUUAAGGUCUCCUGGGUCCUGCAAUCUUUCCAUAGUGAAGAGGGAGCAUACAAGAGGAUACUCCCCAUGCAGCCCAAUAGAAAUGCUACCCAAGUACUGGUUGAAGGAAGUAAACAAAGAACUCUUUUCUUGGUUUUAGAAUGCGACUUUGUUCGGCUUACAUCUCAUACUAUCCCUUCAAACAUGUUUAAAAGCAGAUGGAUGGAAGAUACAUGGUAAAACCUUUUUGAGACAACAAUGGGCAUUGUGUAAUCUUGGAAGGAAAUGGUAGUAUGUCAUGUUGCUCAAA